ACACCUGGCUAAACAAGACUGAAGUAUACUGCUCCCUUCAGACACAGUCAGAGCCGUAGAGGAGCUGAAAGCAGAAGGGAUCCCAUUCUUGCAGAACUAUAAGACCUACUGUAGAAAAGGACCAUGGAGUUGGUGGAAUAAUCCUUUAAUUCAUUGCCACUUACUCAGCUGGGCCAGGGGCGCUUUAAUUAGGUCAGGUGGAAAUGUCCGGCAGAUCUCAACUCCAUAAAAGGAGGAAAUUUUGCCAUCGCCUGAUCUCACUGCUUUCUCUUCCUUAACUCCGUCUGAUCAAGAAGUUUUGUGCGUCCAUGAAUCCACCAACUCUGUUACCUUUCAUCUGAACUAUCUGUGGCGAUCAGGGGAGUGGGCCAUCAGUUAUUAUCUUAUAGUUAUUACCGCGUAGCGCGGCUUGGAGCGCACGCUACAAACAUAUUGUGUAAUGUGAAUUGUCAAUGAUCAUGGCCCUUACGGAUCCUCAUAGGCCAAUUAUGCAAUCGAUAUGGUUAAUAUGUAAUGAAAUUAAUUAUAUGUACACAUGAAGACAAUUGAAAGGGUGAAAUGAUUAACGUCAUUGUUUGCUGAACUGAUCGACUUUGAUAUCAAACUAAUGGGGACUAUAGAUUGAAUAACCAUUCACUGUUUGUAUUAUUUCAUGAUUUAUGAUAAAUAGUUACGAGCCUAAAUGACUCACGGAUGAUUACUAUUGACUUCUUAAUGAACUGGACUGUUGAAUUCCCUAAAUUAUGUUAAUAAUGAAUGAUAUGAUUUGAUCUUUGAUUAUGAAUUUGAUUGGAUACAUGUUAUUUGUUUCCUUUGUGAAGCCUGACACGUGACCACCUGUUCACCUUCACUGUCAGUCAUCCUACCUGUCCAGCUACCCACACAGAUUCCACUAAUCUUUCACCUACAGUGAACGCAAGAGUCCAGUGCACAUUGCCGGAUCCAGAGAGAGUUUCAGGAGCACUGAUCGAUGUGGCCAAGCACCUUGACAACCUGAUUCUGUGGGAAAAGUGUGUGUUUGCUCAAUACACUGUGAUGUUGAAUCAACGUGGAAAACUGAUUGGAUUUGCAAAAAGUCAUACAUAAAAUGUUCCAGGUUCCGGAUGGAAGUGGAACCUUCAGUCAGUGGUGCUGAAACAGCAAGGGGGAGAAGAAGAGGAGGGGACAGACAGCGGCCCCCAGCAUUGUGCUAACCUUGUGCUGAUAGCUGGAUCGAUCCAGGGAUAACUGGAGAGGAUUAAAGAUAUCUUUAUGGUUAAGAAGAGAGUUGCCAAGUCUUUAUCUCCCAUCUACAAAAAAGGGCAUGCCAAAAUCCCAGUAAUGGAGACUACGGCUGUGAGUACCACCACUCUGGCCAAUGAUGAGUUUGACAGGAAUGUGCCGCGGAUCUGCGGUGUGUGCGGGGACAAGGCCUCCGGAUUCCACUUCAAUGCCAUGACCUGCGAGGGCUGCAAGGGCUUCUUCAGACGCAGUAUGAAGCGCAAGGCCAGCUUCACCUGUCCCUUCAACGGCAGUUGCACCAUAACCAAGGACAACCGCCGCCACUGCCAGGCCUGCCGGCUCAAGCGCUGCGUGGACAUCGGCAUGAUGAAGGAGUUUAUUCUGACAGACGAGGAGGUGCAGAGGAAGAAGGACCUGAUUCAACGGAGAAAGGAUGAGGAGGCGCAGAGGGAGGCGCAGCGACCCCGGCUGAGCGAGGAGCAGAGCCAGGUCAUCGCCACACUGGUGGAGGCUCACCACAAGACCUACGACGACUCCUACUCUGACUUCAACCGCUUCAGGCCUCCGGUCCGAGAAGGCCCAGUGACACGCAGUGCCAGCAGAGCUGCCUCUCUCCACUCUCUAUCUGAUGCCUCAUCUGACUCCUUCAGCCACUCUCCAGAGUCGGUGGACACUAAGCUGAUGAACUUCAGUAACCUGCUGAUGAUGUACCAGGAGCAGGGGGGCAGCCCGGACUCCGACGACGACGGCUCCAAGCUCUCCAUGCUGCCCCACCUGGCCGACCUGGUCAGCUACAGCAUCCAAAAGGUCAUCGGCUUCGCCAAGAUGAUCCCUGGCUUCAGGGAGCUGACGGCUGAGGACCAGAUUGCCCUGCUCAAGUCGAGUGCCAUCGAGGUGAUCAUGCUGCGCUCCAACCAGUCCUUCAAUCUGGACGACAUGUCCUGGAGCUGCGGAGGGUCCGACUUCAAGUACUGCGUCAACGACGUCGCUAAAGCGGGCCACACUCUGGAGCUGCUGGAGCCCCUGGUCAAAUUCCAGAUUGGCCUGAAAAAACUCAACCUCCACGAGGAGGAACACGUGCUGCUCAUGGCCAUCUGCCUACUCUCCCCAGACCGCCCGGGCGUGCAGGACCACGGGCGCAUCGAGACCCUGCAGGACCAUUUGUCGGAGACGCUGCAGGCCUACAUCCAGCUGCACCACCCGGGCGGCCGCCUCGUGUACGCCAAAAUGAUCCAGAAGCUGGCGGACCUGCGCAGCCUGAACGAGGAGCACUCCAAGCAGUACCGCUCGCUGUCCUUCCAGCCCGAGCACAGCAUGCAGCUGACCCCGCUGGUGCUGGAGGUGUUCGGCAGCGAGUUCACUCGCAUAUCGCACGUCUGACACAACAAUGUAAGAAAUACCUGCACCUGGUUUCCGCCAUAUUCGGCUUUCAUUGAAGGACAGAAGGGAGGGAGCAACAUCCUGGAAUGAAACGCAGCCAGAGACUUAACUGUCACCUCUGUAUAGAGAGGUCAUGAGUCAUAUGGUUUCGGCCGGAGAGUUGGAGUGUCUGCUCCUCUUGGCACAGUUGGAAUGGUCUUUGCCCUCACUAGAUGUCUCUCACUCUGUCCCCUUUCCCCAAUCCAUCUCUUCUCUCUCUCCUUCCCUCCUUCUCUCAGCUCAUUUUCUUCACUCUUAUGCCCCAGCCCACAUUUUUAGAGUAGACUAUUCCAUAUAGAUCUUCAGAUUUUCAGGAAAGGGCAAAAGUUCUGAGAGGACAACCCUCAGUAUCCAUUUAAUGCUGCUUUUAUCAAGAACAUCACAGGUUGAUGUGAAUGUUGUUGUUCUUACUACCAUUGGCACGGUUGAGUAUCACCCAGCAUAAAUAUGCUAACCAGGACAUAGGAGGCCACAGUGUCGUGUUGUGUAGUUUUUGUAAAGCUGAGUAGUUUAGGUUGGUCUGAAGCUAGGGCAAGCUGAUUCUAGAAAAGCACACAUGGGGCAAGUUCCUAUUUGAACAAUGUGGACUUGAGGAAGUUGAUGCCCAUUUAUAAACUUUCAUUAAACCGCUUUAAUUGAUCAGUGUAAUAUUAAUCGCCAGCUACCACAGCCGCGGGAAGUAGCGGCGCUACAGUACCUCCGGAAAUAUCGGAAUUACAUUAUGAAAACGUUUUUGUUGUUGUUUUUGUUUAACAAAUGUAGGCCUUUACAAGUCCUGUAUUAGUGGACCUAUAUAGCAGUCUGUAGCGUGGGCAAAAAAAAAAAAAACAAUUCUACUCUGCCCGACAUUGCUCAGUUAGUGCCAAUUGAAGGUGUUGAGUAACUGCUUUAAUAUCUUUUGAGUACUGUUUUUGAAUACAUUUUGGCAAUGGUCCCUGCUAUCUUUCCAACUAACUGUCUCAAUUUUGACCGUUUGUUUUCAAACAACUUUAAAAAAAGAAAAGACAAAAUGUGUCUCGGAAAAAAAUCAGCCAGUUUGAUAAUCGGUCGUCAUGCUAGCUAUUGGAGGUACACUGCCGUUCAAAAGUUUGGGUUCACUUAGAAAUGUCCUUGUUUUCCAUGAAAACAUACAUGAAAUGAGUUGCAAAAUGAAUAGGAAAUAUAGUCAAGACGUUGACACGGUUAGAAAGAAUGAUUUUUCAAUUGAAAUAAUAAUUGUGUCCUUCAAAAACGUAGCUUUCGUCAAAGAAUCCUCCAUUUGCAGCAAUUACAGCCUUGCAGACCUUUGGUAUUCCAGUUGUCAAUUUGUUGAUUUCACCCCAUGCUUCCUGAAGUUGGAUUGGCUUGAUGGGCACUUCUUACGUACCAUACGGUCAAGCUGCUCCCACAACAGCUCAAUAGGGAUGAGAUCCGGUGACUGUGCUGGCCACUCCAUUAUAGACAGAAUUCAAGAUGACUGCUUCUUCCCUAAAUGGUUCUUGCAUAGCUUGGAGCUGUGGUUUGGGUCCUUGUCCUGUGACGAAAUUGGCUCCAAUUAAGCGCCGUCCACAGGGUAUGGCAUGGCAUUGCAAAAUGGAGUGAUAAACUUCCUUCUUCAAGAUCCCUUUUACCCUGUACAAAUCUCCCACUUUUACCACCGCCAAAGCACACCCAGACCGUCAUAUAGCCUCCACAAUGCUUGACAGAUGGCGUCAAGCACUCCUCCAGCAUCUUUUCACUUUUCCUGAGUCUCACGAAUUGUCUUCUUUGUGAUCCAAACACCUCAAACUUAGAUUCGUCUGUCCAUAACACUUUUUUCCAAAAUUCCUGUGUCCAGUGUCUGAGUUCUUUUGCCUAUCUUAAUCUUUUAUUUUUAUUGGCCAGUCUGAGAUAUGGCUUUUUCUUUGCAACUCUGCCUAGAAAGCCAGCAUCCCGGAGUUGCCUCUUCACUGUUGACGUUGAGACUGGUGUUUUGCGGGUACUAUUUAAUGAAGCUGCCAGUUGAGGACUUGUGAGGCGUCUGUUUCUCAAACUCUAAUGUACUUGUCCUCUUGCUCAGUUGUGCACCGGGCCCUCCCACUCCUCAUUCUAUUCUGGUUAGGGCCAGUUUGUGCUGUUCUGUGAAGGGAGUAGUACACAGCGUUGUACGAGGUCUUCAGUUUCUUGGCAAUUUCUCGCAUAGAAUAGCCUUCAUUUCUCAGAACAAGAAUAGACCGAAAAGUUUCAAAAGAAAGUUAUUUGUUUCUGGCCAUUUUGAGCCUGUAAUCGAACCCACAAAUGCUGAUGCUCCAGAUACUCAACUAGUCUAAAGAAGGACAGUUUUAUUGCUUCUUUAGUCAGCACCCCAGUUGUCAGCUGUGCUAACAUAAUUACAAAAGGGUUUUACAAUGAUCAAUUAGCCUUUUAAAAUUAUAAACUUGGAUUAGCUAUCACAACGUGCCAAUGGAACACAGGAGUGAUGGUUGCUGAUAAUGAGCCUCUGUACUCCUAUGUAGAUAUUCCGUUAAAAAAAUCUGCCGUGUCCAGCUCCAAUAGUCAUUUACAACAUUAACAAUGUCUACACUGUAUUUCUGAUCAAUUUGAUGUUAUUUUAAUAGACAAAAAAUGGCUUUUCUUUCAAAAACAAGGACAUUUCUAAGGGACCCCAAACCUUUGAACGGUAGUGCAUGUAGACCUUGCUACACAUGAAAUCAAUAGAAGCUAACUCAAAAGUACCUUAAAGUUACCUGCAUUCACAAAGAAUUCCUUUUUCCCAAAGAAAAUGGGGAAUUGGCUCCCAUGUGCUCCUCACUCUACACUUUGGAGUACAAUGCAGGGAGUGAAAGGAGUUCAGAAUUAGUAGCGAUUAGCUGUAGGUAUUGACAUCCAGCAGACACUGUGGCCUUUCAGGGCCUGAGUUGAGUGCCUAUAGGAACCUUUGGAAGAUUGGAGUGUUUCGUGAAGCAGGAUUAGAAAGUUAGCAAGCAAACUUUUCCAAGUAUCUUUUUCAAGUAUGUUAAAACUAUUUUAAAAAAUAUAUUGUUUCUCAAGAUGGCUUAUUUCAAAGAUUGGUCAAUACUACUUAAUAACCUAUUAUUCUAGCAACUGGCGGUGAUUCUACUUUAGCUGUCUUUAUUGGCAAGAAAAUUGAGUUGUUUGAGAAUUGUUUAUAAAAAAAAUGUUCGCUUGUUAAAUGAAUAAUCCUGUUUUUAAGACACUGCACCACGUCACAUUUGAUGGAAAGACAGAAACAACAAGAGCACUUACAGUAUUGUUUUGUAACACAAUGUGUACAUUUGGAUGAAUAUGCUAUCAAUUACUGCCUGUCGAUGUCAGCGUUAUAUGGCUGCAAUUAUCAAAGUCAUUCGUCUAAUUUCUUGCAAUGUGUGUACUUUGUUUUUAUUUCUUUUUAAGAUGUUUUUUUUUUCUAUUACAACAGACAUUAUAAAUGGGUGUUUAUGUCAUGUUAUUUUUGUCCGAUGUUUUGCAAAUCAAAUAAUAAACGACUGUGCAUAGUG